AGCGUAUAAAAGCCAGUGCCUGUGACUUGACUAGCCACUGUCGUGUGCCUGACUGUACCCACCAUGAAGGCCUACGUAUUUCUGGCUCUCCUUAGCACCGCAUAUGCAGCCGCAGAUUUCAAGCUCCAAUGUGCGGAGAAGGCCGACAGAGGGCCCUGCGAACUUGACCUGCCGAGGUGGUGGUACAACAUGGAUGCUGCAAGAUGCGAGGUGUUCAACUACGGUGGCUGCGGCGGCAACGCUAACCUGUACAAGACGAAGGAGCACUGCGAGGAGACGUGCAUGGAUAAAAAACCUGCGCCCACAGUAGAUGUGCCAGUCGAGGGAGUUACUCGAGAAAUAGAGAUGGGGCAUAUUGAGAGCAUGUGCCGCCUUCCGCCCCACCGUGGCCCAUGCAUGGGUAAUUUGCAGCGAUUCUACUAUGACAACGAGAGGCAAAAGUGCCGCCCCUUUGUUUACGGAGGCUGCCAGAGCAAUGGAAACAACUUCGAAUCAUACGUCAAUUGCAUGAGUGUUUGCAAGGGAAGCCUGUCGCCCUAGACAGAGCCACAACUGGUGAAUGCAUGUACGUGUGCUGA